GUUCGAGAGCGCAUGAUCGUUAUCUUAAACGAUGGCUGCCGACCAGUCGAAAAAGUAUUUAGCUUACAACCAGAUUUUAUCAGAAAAUCGCCCUUGUCUGGGGUUGGGAUAACUUUGCUGUAAUUAUUAAUAAUCGUAGUUUGAUAGUUAUAUCGUCAUUCGUUCAUUUCAUUGUACAGUUAAACCGAAUAAUUAAAAAAAAGUGAACGAUGGCGCAGUGCAAGCAGACGGCUCAGGAGUUUAUCCAGAACACGUUUAGUCCGCAGGUGGCUGUACUGUGUAGUGCAGAUGCUGAACAUUUGUGUCAAAAAAACAAUUUGACAUUUGUUGAGUUAGUACAACCAUUCUGUCGACUUAACAGCGAAGCUCAUAUUCGAGAUCCCAACAAUGUCCUUCACUCAAUACAUAACUUGAAAAUAACAGUGAAAGAUUUGAACACACCUCCCCCACAACAAGCUGUUGCUCGGAAAAUGAUGACCGAUACUGUAGCUAGUGCCCAGCCUCAGCUAUUGGAUGGCAAUCAAAGAAAUGUUAUCUCUGUGGGUGAUUAUGAUCUGCAGCUAAGUGCAACCACUCCAUGGUUUGAGGCAUAUCGGGAAUGUUUUCUUCAUUUACUGCCGCCAUCUGAUCAUGAAUUCCUGAACCAUUCUAUUGCAUGUAUGUUUGUUGUGUCUUCUGGUCACACAGAUCCAGUAGGUGUCUUCAAUACUUUGUCACAACAACAGAGCCAACAGCAUAAUCAAUUUCCUAACAAACUGCCUAAAUGGUUCUGUCCAAAUAUUCUAAAGUACUAUGUGUUAUUACAUGAUGUUGUGGAAGGAGAACAAGCAAAGGCUGAGGCUGUCUACCAGAGCAUGAAAACCACAUUUGGUGCCCAUCUAUGCCAUUUACUUCAAAUAAAUUCCCGUUCUGUGCAAACUGCAGAAACCUUCAAGAAUGAUCAAAAUAUGCCAGACCCAUGGAGCCAAUUUUUACAUCGGGCACCUGAAUCAAAUGUCAUCUCUCCACUUGCUGAAAAGCAAAAACCACAGAAAGCUACUUUUCGAUACUUCAUAACAUGGGAAGGGGCUGAUUAUGAUGUCCCUGAAAACAAUCUUUUGAACAUACAAGAUGAGUUUUCAACACAGUUAAAUGAAAGUACAAACCAACCAAUUGAGCAAAAUUCUAAUGAACAGGUGGAGACUGCUGUAGAAGCAAUGGAAAGUAAACAAUAUGGAACAAACGAACAAGUUGGUCUUAUAAAUUCACCAAACAGUUCCAAGAUAUUUGAUCAUCCAUUAGCCGAAGAAAGCCGCAGUUUAAAUGGAAGCAUGAAUACUAUCAAUGCAUUGUCUCCUGAUGGAUCUGGAGCAGCCAUUUCUGGAGUAGCCACUACUACUGGUGGUCAUUUUAUUAUUUCUCCUACAGAAAAACCAAAAUCUGACCAACAUGGCAUGUGCCUCACUAUUAGUGACCAUGACCGAUUACGUAUUUUCAUGCAUGAAUUCUGUGUACGUGCACUCAUUCCAUGGGCUGAAAGGCAAAUGAGAGUUCUUAACGACCAGCUGACCUCUAGGAAAGGUUUCCACCGGUCAUUCUUUAGUGCAACUCGAAAGAUAUUUGGUGGCAAACCUACUGGGCAGAUGGUUACUAGUCAGAACACAACAGUUGUUUAUACAACUGAAGCACCAGAGUUACAGAUGCGACGACUAGCAGAUUUAGCAUUCCUUUUCCAGAUAUAUGAUUUUGCCUACCACACCUAUCAAACUGCAAAAAGGGAUUUUAACAACGAUCAUGCUUGGUUGCACUAUGCUGGAGCCCUGGAAAUGGCAUGUAUAACACUGUUCAUGCAGGACAAUGGCAGACAAUACCCUCAUCAUUACAUGGAAUCUGCUGUCACAACAUACUUGGCCACCUGCAGAAAUCCACAGCUUGCUGCAAGGGGAACACUAAUCAGUACAGAAGCUUUAAAAAGCAAAGGCAUGUAUGGAGAGGCUGCUAUGCAAUUUAUUAAAAUGAUUAGUGAGCAAGAUUCUGAUCUAAGAAGUGCAUUGUUACUUGAGCAAGCAGCUCACUGUUAUAUCAAAAAGCGUCCACCUAUGGCACGCAAAUAUGCCUUUCAUAUGAUUUUGGCUGGUCACAGAUUCAGCAAAUCAGGUCAAAAAAAACAUGCUUUACGGUCAUACUCACAAGCCCUUCAAGUUUACAAAGGCAAACAUUGGUCUUUAGCAGAGGAUCAUAUCAACUUUAUCAUUGGCCGCCAGUCUUUCAUCUCCCAAUUCUGA